CUACCUAGGGUUUUGCCCCUCCCAUCCCCUCCCCCAUCCAUGGAUCCCUUCUCCAAGAAGCGCAAGCCAGACGAGAACGGCGCGGCCACCGCUUCCCCGGCCGCCGGGGCCGCCGCGCUCGGGCUCACCCGCGACGACGUCCUGCGCCUCCUCGAGCCGCUCUCCCGCGACCAGCUCGCCGACAUCGCCGCCGCCGCCGCGCUCGCCUCGGGUGUCGCGCUCGACGCCGUGCGCGCCGCCGCCGACCGCGACCCGGCGCUCCGCAAGCUCUUCGUGCGGGGCCUCGGCUGGGAGACCAACUCGGACUCGCUCCGCGCCAUCUUCUCCGCCUUCGGCGACCUCGAGGAGGCCGUCGUCAUCAGCGACAAGACCACCGGCCGCUCCAAGGGCUACGGCUUCGUCACCUUCCGCCACGCCGACUCCGCCGUCCUCGCCCUCAAGGAGCCGUCCAAGAAGAUCGACGGCCGCGUCACCGUCACCCAGCUCGCCGCCGCGGGCGCCGCCGGCGGGCCGUCCGGCGGGGCGGGCGGCGCGGGUGGCGCCCCUUCGGCGGACGUGUCCCUCCGCAAGAUCUUCGUCGGGAACGUCCCCGCUGACAUGCCGUCCGAGCGCCUCCUCGCGCACUUUGCUGCCUAUGGCGAGAUUGAGGAGGGCCCGCUUGGGUUCGACAAGACCACGGGCAAGUUCAGGGGCUUUGCCCUCUUUGUGUACAAGACACCCGAGGGCGCUCAGGCCUCGUUGGUGGACUCGGUCAAGGUGAUUGAAGGGCACCAGCUCUUGUGCAAGCUCGCCAUUGAGGGCAAGAAGGGGAAGCAGCAACCGCAGCAAUCUGGGCCUGCUGGGCAACAACAGCAACAGCAGAUGCUCCCUCAGGACAUGCCGGGUCCUGGCCAUGGGCUUGGUGGACCACAGAUGGGUGGGCAGUAUGGUGGCCCUGGGAGUGGCAUGCCGCCAUCAUUCGGUGGAUUUGGUGGCCCUGGCCUAGGUGGUGGUCACAAUCCAUAUGGGAACUUGCCGUCCUCCAUGGGCGGUGGCGGCGGAGGUGCUGGGAUGGGGUCGAUGGGAAACCAGAUGCCUUCUGGGAUGGGCUCUGCUGGUGCAUUUGGCCCCGGGGGAAUGGGCGGUGGUUCAUUUGGAGGAGGAUCUCAGUUCGGUGCUGCUGGGAUGGGUCCUUAUGGUGGUUUAGGCAUGGGCGGGGCAUCCUCACUCUACCGGAUGCAACAGGGCUCAGGUGGACUGCCAUCUGGAUAUGGCGAGGGUGGAAACUACCCUCUGCCAGGGUCUGGCUUCCGGGGUCAGGAGAUGUCACCAGGACCAGGUGGCAGGGCUCCUCCAAUGUACCCCAACGUGCCACCUUAUUUCUAAGGUUGUGACAUCUCUUGGGAGCAUAUGCUUUGAAUGGUUGUGCUGAAUUCAGAAGUGUUGUCUGCUUACAUGGAUGUCUUGCAUAUUCUGGCUACCUCUGAACUGGAAUUCAGUUUUGCUCUCAGUUUUCGCUGUUAUGAGAUAAAUCAAGAUAGAUUAGUGUUUUCUAUGAAAUCUUUCGGUAGACAUGUACUUUGUAUGACUGCUUUGCAGUUUUCUGUCUAUGGAGUUGUCUUUUAAAAUUGUUGUGUUCUGUCUCAUGAUAUCAUGUAUGGUGCGAUAAUUGUAUGGAACUUUGCUUGGUAAACCGCGGAGUCUUCAUAUGUGUGAGUGAUAUCUGAUUUUGGAUGUCGGCUGGGUUGCUUUA